AACUGAAGGAAGGUCACCAUGGGAGCAUUUUUAGACAAGCCAAAGAUGGAGAAGCAUAACGCCCAGGGGCAGGGGAACGGGCUGCGUUACGGUCUGAGCAGUAUGCAGGGCUGGCGCGUGGAAAUGGAGGAUGCACACACGGCUGUCAUUGGUUUGCCAAAUGGACUUGAUGGAUGGUCCUUUUUUGCUGUCUAUGAUGGGCACGCUGGAUCCCAGGUUGCCAAGUACUGCUGUGAGCAUUUAUUAGAUCACAUCACGAGCAACCAGGAUUUUAAAGGGCCAGAUGGGCCACCAUCUGUGGAAAGUGUAAAGAGCGGCAUCAGAACAGGUUUUCUGCAAAUUGAUGAACACAUGAGAGUCAUCUCCGAGAAGAAGCAUGGCGCAGACAGAAGUGGGUCAACAGCUGUGGGUGUCAUGAUUUCUCCCCAACACACGUACUUCAUCAACUGUGGAGACUCGAGAGGUUUGCUCUGUCGAAACAGGAAGGUUCACUUCUUCACGCAGGAUCACAAACCAAGUAACCCGCUGGAGAAGGAGCGUAUACAGAACGCAGGUGGCUCCGUAAUGAUUCAGCGUGUGAAUGGCUCCCUUGCUGUUUCAAGGGCGCUCGGGGACUUUGAUUACAAAUGUGUCCAUGGGAAAGGUCCUACAGAACAGCUGGUCUCACCCGAGCCUGAAGUUUAUGAAAUUGAGAGAUCAGAAGAAGACGAUCAGUUCAUCAUCCUGGCGUGCGACGGUAUCUGGGAUGUUAUGGGAAAUGAAGAGCUGUGUGACUUUGUAAGAUCCAGACUUGAAGUCACUGAUGACCUUGAGAAAGUUUGCAAUGAGAUAGUUGACACCUGCUUGUACAAGGGAAGUCGAGACAACAUGAGUGUGAUAUUGAUCUGUUUUCCGAAUGCACCAAAGGUAUCACCAGAGGCGGUGAAAAGAGAGGCAGAGUUGGACAAGUACCUGGAAAGCAGAGUAGAAGAGAUCAUAAAGAAGCAGGGUGAAGGAGUGCCAGACUUAGUCCACGUGAUGCGUACGUUAGCAACUGAGAGCAUCCCAAACCUCCCGCCGGGGGGGGAGUUGGCAAGCAAACGGAGUGUGAUUGAAGCUGUGUAUAACAGACUGAACCCCUACAGGAAUGAUGAUGCUGAUUCUGCCUCAACUGAUGAUAUGUGGUAAAACUGCUCAUCUAGCUGUGGAGUUCACGUUUCAUCCUGCAAAUGAAAGUGCAGCCCAACCUCAGUGACCCUUCUUAACAUCCAUCCUCAACCUUAAUUAAAGAAGGGAAUAUGAUGUGUUGGUGAGAGUGACUACAGCAGUACAACAUCUAGCCCAGGAACUGAUCUUUUUUGUAAAACAGACUUCUGUAAACGUGAUUUCAACCCAUAAAUUCAUGUUGUAAAUCAGACUCCAGCAAUUUAUGUUGUAUGAUUUUGUUUUUGUAAAGUGCAAUUGUCUUUGUACAAAUGCUCAUAUUUAAUUAUGAACCGCUUUAAAUCACUAUAAAGGUUAGAAGAAAUGUUUUGGCUUGUGUGAUGCAACAAUAUAUAUCCCUUUUAAAAAUCAUGUUGUGGUUUUGGAUUGCAAGGAGCAGCAGCCUAGCCAGCUAGGUGCUCAAGAGGUGCACAAAACUGUUAAAGAUAACUUUUUGGUUUAUAUGAAAGCUGAACUCAUGGGCAACCUACCAGAAAUUACAGUGUGUGAAUUUCACUUGGCAAUGGAAAAAUAACUUAGGAGUAGUGCACAUUCUUCAACAAACAGACAUCAUUUUCUUGGAUGCACUUCUGCUCUCACGUUGAGUGGAAGGGAUUUGUGAUUUUGAGUUCAGUGGAGUUAAAUCAUGCCCUAUUAACAGUAUCCUGUUCAUACAUGUACCAAUCUUGGAAUUAGAACCUUGGUUCUUUGCACCUCUUUUUUCAUUAACCCUUACCUGAAACUACUAAUCACUGAGCAUGAAGACAACUUUCUACAUAAAGUAGGAGUCUGCAGCAUUUUUACAAUCCUGAUUGGCUGGGUCUGCUGCUGUUCCAAGAAAAAUACUCUUGAAUUCCAUUUUAUCAAUAAAGCUUGAUUUAACAAACAAGACAUUUACCCAUAAAUGUGUAAUUCCUUCUUUUCCUGCCUUUUAAAAUGUCAGUGCCAUUGUAAAUGAUAUUUUACUUGUGGAAGAAUAUUUUUCUUAAUUGGUAGCCCGUUUUUAAAAUGGGAAGGAUUUUGAUUAUUGCCCAAGACAUAGCCAUAUGCUAGAGGAUGAUGUGGGAUUAAUCCGUUACCCUAUUUUUUACAAAUGUGGGUUUUUUCAGGCUUUUUGGUGUUGUUUUUUUUUUUUUUUCCCUCCCUACUGAAGAUGUGCAUUGGUUUGAAUUUGCCUACUGUUUGAUAAAAAUACAUUUGUCAAAGCCUGACAAUCUUUAACAUUUUAUGGUGUGUGUUUUUAAUUGACCCACUUACUUAGAAUGAGAGACUAGUGGUUAAACAGUACUUGUGAUUUGAGGUAUAGCAUGUUGACAAUAUUUAACUGUUUGUUGUUUAAAAUUCUAAUUUAAAAUUUUAUAAGAUAAUAAACUAAUUUGAUUUAAGCUUAGCUUUCUCCCAUUGAGCAUACGAAAAUUAAGUUUUCAAGUCAGUCGUGUUUGCAAAACUGCUGUUUUGUGCACCUUGUAUUGUCUUUUUGGUUGAGAAUAUUGUAUUUAAUAUGUAGUUUACUCAUUUAGUAGGCAGAUUCCUCAAAAGGAAAAUCAGUAAAACAAGUAGAUUGUAACAUUUACUACAGUUAAACAGAAUCAGAACUUGGUGUAUAAUUACUUUUUGAUAGGAAAAUGUAGUACAAUGCAUUUUGCUAUAUUUGUCUUUCCCUAACUUUGACAUAUACAUAUUUGUAUAUAUAGCCUUAAAACUAAUGCAGAGUUAGGGAACACUGAACAGUGAAAAAGUAACUUAUAGUGUCUUGGAACUAAGUAUAGUAUAUACCAGCAAACUUUUCUUUUAUCCCUCUUGUCUAUGUGGGGUGCUUAAACGUAACUUCAUUGUAUUCAGUUUGUAAUCUGUUCAAGCAUGAAUGAAGAAAACAUAAGCACUAUUUGUAUUUAUAAAUUUAUAGCAAUUUUUGCUUAAAGAACCAGUUCCUUACCUACCUAUGAAUAAAUGCUUAAAAUGUCUAAUUUUGUUGUAGAGUGCAAAACUAUAAUGAUGUUAAGUUAUAGCUUCACAGGCACCUAAUUAACGAGCAUAUUUAAUAAUACAUGGCGUAUUAGUGCGAAAAGCUAAACUUAAUUUAGGACUAGGCAGAUAAAGUUCUGUCCUUUUUUUCAUAGAGACUAAAGUUUAGUUUUGGAAACUGCAAAUCCUUGAACUGGACUGUGGAACCUUUGAGUUUUAAACUUUAAAAAUCGGAAGCAAAACUGUGGUGUGAAAAGCCAUACUUCAAACCAUAAUCACUUAAACUGUCUCAGUGACAAAGGAGAUUUUUGAAGCCUCUUCUGACGAGGUCUCCUGAAGGUUAGGAAGGAAAGAAUUCUGCUGUUGCUACAGGCAAUGUGAGUAGGUUUGAGGGUAGUGGCAGAAAGCCCGUUUCAGGCCUUUCUCUCUCCCGCCUACGUUCAGCGUUUUGAUGAGCUCAGAGCACUGAAUUAUGAUGUAUGCAUAAACACUGCCAUUUUAGAUACAGACUUUGAUUACAGAAUAAACGAGUUAAGUAUAUAAAGCAUCCUAGAAAAGAGGCAAGCUGUACUUUUUUCACUGCUCUGAAAAGAAAAAAGGCACUUUUGCACCUUUGUGCAUCUCCUUCUUGCACCAGAAACUUUUUUUUUUAAAUGCUAAAAACAUUAGCACCUCAGGGGCAAGGCAGCAAUUUUUAUUUUGAAAUAUUGUGUGCUAUUUAUUUCCCUCUUGGAAAAAGAUUCAUGUGUGACAAAAAUGAAAAUUGUGUGAUGUUAACAGAUGUAUUUUUAAAUACAUGUUCAAAUAGGA